UUUUCGAAAGAAAAGGACUUCUCGGUGUUCAGUACAUACAUUAAUUAAAAUUUACUUUUAAUAUUCAAACAUUGAAAAAAAGAAUUCGUCAAAAUGAAAUACCUAAUGUUAAUAAGGGUAUUAAUAUUCUUUCUUGCGUUAACAAAAACACUCUCUGCAAAUAUUGUUCCGAAACUUAAGCAAAGUGAUAGAAGAGCUAUUGGCUUAGUACCUUACCCAAGAGUAGGACGCAGUCGGAGGGAAAAUUUUACACUAAUAAUAAAAAAUCCAUGGAUAGGAAGAUCAUUUAAACGUUUACUUCAUACAAAGUGUUCUCUUUAUGACAAUGAAUGUUACUGAGAUCAUGUUCAAAUAUUCAUCCAAAGUCACAAGAUGGAAAAGUUUAUGUAAUAUUCUUAUUAACGAUUAUUUCUUUUAAUUAUUAAACUACUUGUUAAUUAUAUCCAUCUUCAUACAUAUUAAUUUUAGCUUAUCCUGUAUAGCACUACAUAAUAAACAGUACAUACACAACUAUAGAAAUAA